CAAGAAGCUUACAGCCUCAGUGACGAAAAAUUUUUCAUGUCAGAGACCAAGAACUCUUGCAGUUGUUUAUGUCAUCCCUUCUUCUCCAGACAGAAGAUACCAAAAAGUUGCAAUCAAAGAUCUGUUCAACUUAUUGAUAAAGUCACUAAUAAGCCAAAAUGUCUGUCAACGUCAACCGCAGCGUGUCAGACCAGUUCUAUCGCUACAAGAUGCCCCGUUUGAUUGCUAAGGUUGAGGGCAAAGGAAAUGGAAUCAAGACAGUUAUAGUCAACAUGGUUGACGUUGCAAAGGCGCUUAAUCGGCCUCCAACGUAUCCCACCAAAUAUUUUGGUUGUGAGCUGGGAGCACAGACCCAGUUUGAUGUUAAGAAUGACCGUUACAUUGUCAAUGGAUCUCAUGAGGCGAAUAAGCUGCAAGACAUGUUGGAUGGAUUCAUUAAAAAAUUUGUUCUCUGUCCUGAGUGUGAGAAUCCUGAAACAGAUCUGCAUGUCAAUCCAAAGAAGCAAACAAUAGGUAAUUCUUGUAAAGCCUGUGGGUACCGAGGCAUGCUUGACACACAUCAUAAACUCUGUACAUUCAUUCUCAAAAACCCACCUGAGAAUAGUGACAUUGGUACAGGAAAGAAAGAGAAAGAAAAGAAAAAUAGAAAGGGCAAGGACAAGGAAAAUGGCUCUGUAUCCACCAGUGAGACACCACCACCUCCACCACCAAAUGAAAUUAGUCCUCCACAUGCUGUGGAAGAAGAGGAAGAUGAUGAUUGGGGGGAGGAUACAACUGAGGAAGCUCAAAGGCGCAGAAUGGAUGAAAUCAGUGACCAUGCAAAAGGUCUGACACUUAGCGAUGAUUUGGAAAGAACUGUAGAAGAGCGUGUUAACAUCCUGUUUGAUUUUGUUAAGAAAAAGAAAGAAGAGGGCAUUAUUGAUUCAUCUGAUAAAGACAUUGUGGCUGAGGCAGAAAGACUGGAUGUAAAAGCCAUGGGCCCUCUCGUUUUGACAGAAGUUCUCUUUGAUGAGAAGAUAAGAGAGCAAAUCAAGAAAUAUGGGCGCCAUUUUUUAAGAUUUUGUCAUAACAACAAAAAGGCCCAGCGGUACCUUCUUCAUGGUUUGGAAUGUGUGGUAGCAAUGCAUCAAGCUCAGUUGAUCUCCAAGAUUCCACAUAUCUUGAAGGAGAUGUAUGAUGCAGACCUUUUAGAGGAAGAGGUCAUUAUCAGCUGGUCAGAAAAGGCCUCUAAGAAAUAUGUCUCAAAAGAACUUGCCAAAGAGAUUCGUGUCAAAGCAGAGCCAUUUAUUAAAUGGUUGAAGGAAGCGGAGGAGGAAUCUUCUGGUGGUGAGGAAGAAGACGAAGAUGAAAAUAUUGAGGUGGUAUAUUCGAAGACUGCCAGUGUACCAAAAGUUGAAACUGUGAAGUCUGACAACAAGGAUGAUGACAUUGAUAUUGAUGCCAUUUAAAAGGAUGGAUGCAACUUAGCUUAACAGUAUAAUGCUGCAAAUUUUUCUCCUUU